UUCGACAGCGUUGCGCGAGUAUUUCUUCGUUACGGCCAUAUGUCAGCCGAUUUAUUUAUUGUUAAGUCUGUAAGCAGUCUAGACAAGUACAAAACGUGAAUUAUAAAACUUCGACAAUAUCACUCUUUAUUAUGGUCACUACUCAGCUGGUUUCUUGAGGGGAAAGGCUGGCAACAGUCUACACACUGCACGCAGCCAAAGACGCCUCUCAGUCAAAUUUUGUGAAGAUAAGGACAGAAAAGAUACAAAGUACAACAUGGCAAAACUUCCUUUUGAAAAGGGCUUCACAUGUGUCGUGUUUGUCUUUAUUUCCCAGUGGAUUACAGAGACCAAUGGUUUCUGUGCUGACUAUGGAUGUUGCCCUGGCCAAGACGACGGUUGCCGUACCAGGGCAGGAUGCAUGUGUGACGAGCAUUGCUUAAUAGCAAGUGACUGUUGUAAAGAUUAUAAAAGUGUAUGUCAAGAAUUUAAUCCCUGUGUGCAACACACUGUGCGGAAGGAUGAAGUAACCAGAAGCUCGACCUUUUUGUCUGAAUUGCCCAUAAAUUGCGACAAUCACCUCAACAACAGCUGGUACCGCUUCGACAUGUUAACUGGGAGCACGAUGCCGACCACGUGCAUUGUUCACGGGAACUGUGGGACAGAGAGACCUAUCUGGCUUAACGAUUCACACCCCGAUGAGGAAGAAGGCGUUGUCAACAGAACCGCUUGCAUGAAGGAAACCGGAAACUGUUGUGCAAAGUCAUACGACAUUCAAAUCAAGAACUGUUCCACGUUUAUGGUAUAUAGGCUGCCAUCAGUGUCGGAUUGUCCAGAACGCUACUGCAUAGGUGACAAGGUCCUUUGCCCACCAGGCCACACGUCUGAAACUGGAUUUCAACCGGGAUGUACAGAUGUAUUUCCCAACAUCACUCAAAUCCCAGAAGUGAGCGUCGGCGAAGGCAUUAGACAAAAUCAGUGGGGGAAGCGUUUUAAAGAAAUAGUGUUCAAGUGCGACCAACAGUAUGGUCAAAUUGCCGAAGAAAAACGUGGAGAGCUGUUCUUCGACGUGUAUUGGUUUUUUGAUGGCAAAAAGAUACUAGAAGACGAGGACAUGCCCACCAAAAACAUGCCAGCGACGUUAAAGGAAUCCCACUGGGUUGGGAAGCACUCACUGGGGUUUAAAGUUAAGUGCACCGUGCGGGCAAAGUUCAUGAAAAAUGGAAUAAUACAUGGUGGACGAAGUGCACCUUUGAAAAGCGAGGAGUUUUUUGCGGGACUAAAGGUGCUUAACACUCUGCCUAUAGUUUUGAAGGAAAGCGAUGUUGUCUCAACCGAAAUAAGACUCCAACCAACAGUCCCUGUCCUGUGUUCUGAUCUGAAGCUCCAAAGCUAUUGCCAUGAGCAGCUACUCCCAGUGGAGAUAAGAAUCCCGCUUGUCCCAAAGAAGCGACUAUGUAGUAGCGGAGAAAGACUGGAGUUUGUCUCAGAGUUUGAGAGGACACCUUGCAGAUUAGAAAUCAACGCAAUGAAUUGGAACAAAACACACACCUUCAAGAUAGCUCCGGUUGUCGAUGGCGUGUAUGACGGCCACACGAACACCAAAGUUAUGGUACACACUGGGGAAUUCACUACUCAUCCCGCAUGGAACGACUAUACACUGCCCGAUAUACCUGUUACGGUGUUAGAUACGGAUGUAGAUGCCAUCGGCCAGGUAUGCAUGUCGAACAACGACCCGCAUAUGAGGACGUUCGAUGGAAACAACUACGAAUGCCAGUACGGAGGUGAAUUUGUUUUGUAUAAACAUACCACAUUACCAGUUCAGGUGCAUGCUUUUUUCAAACCUUGCAACGGCGGCUACGCAUACUGUAAUUGUGCUGUGAGCGUGAUGUCUGGGGGAGACGUCUUCAUAGUGGACACAUGUAAACCUGGCACGGGACUGGAGCAAAUCACUGCCAAGAGACCAAUGCGAGUGGGGCUUGUUGGGUGCGAGGACGGGCAACUGAGGGUGGAGUCUUUAAACGGUGGCAAGCAUUUUAAGGUGUACUUACCCACUGGAGGCUAUGUUGACAUAAUGGUCUAUCGAUAUGGACACGACGACUUCAUGAAUGUCCAGAUUCAUCCCGGAGCUAAGGAUUUUAACCGCACAGUUGGAUUGUGUGGAACCCUAAACCAUAACAAAAGCGACGACUUCCUGACUAGAGACGGACGUACUGAACCCGUUUCUAGCUACCCAAAGGAUUUUGCAAUGUCCUGGAGGGUGCAGCCGCAGUAUUCAAUCUAUAACGGACCUCCUUCCUCCCAGCUGCAAUUCUCAAAGCGGUCAACAUCCCGGUCUAACUAUUGCCGAUGUUCUGCAGAAACUAAUGACGCUAAUUCAAUCGUGCAGUGUGGUAACGCAGAGAAUAUUGCCAAGUGUCCAGGAGAUGACAACUUCUCCUCUAGAGAGCACCAGAAAUGUCGGCGCCGUAGGGCCGCCGAGGAAUCCGGCGAAGGUCAUGACGAUGUUCUAGAAACUAGGGUUUUUGAAUACGACAUUUAUCAUACAGUGCCGGCACCAUCGUGGAAGAAUAGCUGGACAAACGCCACUGCAGCUCAGUUCUGUGAAUCAUUCAUGGCCAACACAAGCACUGGCAAGUCCUGCGAGACGGUACCUGGUGCCAACACAAGGGAUCCCAUCAAAGGCUGCAUAGAAGACAUAUACCUAACUGGUAGCACCGAAUGGGCACCUGCAGCACUUCAAGCUAUCAAGAGUUCAUGUCUAGGAGAACUAGAAAAAAACCCAUCAAUUUGGGUGAUUAACAACGAGACCGGCAAAGUUUCCCUUCCCAAGGAAAUGGAGGCAGUGCAAUGUCCAAAUGAAUGCAGUGGAAAUGGCCAAUGCAUCAACGGCACGUGUAGCUGCGACGACACGUUUGCUGGCGCAGAUUGUUCUAUUGAUAUAUCCGCCGCGCCAACCAUUUAUUACCUCCCGGGCGACGGCCUGUGUAAAACUAGGUCAAGGCCAUGUGCAAGGUCACCCGUCUACGGAGGCACCUUCCUCGACAAUAAAAACUUAACAUGUAAAGUGGAAAUUCAGGAGGUGCUGUUGAGAAUGACAAUGUCUUACUUGGAUCAGAAAUAUUGUUCAAAUACACAUAUAUGGCAUGCAUAUAGUCUAUUAAUGAUAUAAUGAGGACAAUGAGCAACAUCGAUAUUUACAAACAUCCUUAAUAGGGGCCUAUACCUAUUGAACCAUUUAUUUUCAAUACAACUUUAUUAUGAAAUUAUAGUAAAAAAAAGUACAAAGUGGAGUUAAUAUAUUAUUCAUGAUGAGGAAAGACACGUAUGCAGGACUUUUCAAUUUAUACUUUAAAUUCAGUAAGAAUAUAAUUAAGAACGUAUCGUUAUCUUAUAUCUCUCUCAGGUGACGGUAGGAAAGCCUCAGAGUAGCGCGGCAAAAGUGGAACUAAUGGCUGCAGAAUUCGUUCACUUUCAAGAAGUAAUCUGCCCUCUUCCUAGAGCAAGGCACCAUAAACGAAGCGCUGAGUGUACUGGACCUCCAAUCUACCGUUAUGGCAUUAGCGUCAGCAACAACAACGCACAGUUUAGCAAUGCUACACACCUGAUAACCUUUGAUGACAAGUGUGUCUCUUGUAGAAAUAAUGACCCAAACAGCUGCCGGCUUAAGAGCGACGCAUGCACCAUUGACUGUAGUUGUUACGCCGACGGAGAGGAAAAUGUCGCCGAUAGAUGUCGCACCUGCAACAUCACCUACAGCAACUCCACUUGGUUCCGCAAACCAAAUACAUGCAGUAUUGACACGCAGUGUUACAACGACGGUGAAACCAACCCGGGUUCUUUCUGCCAGUUUUGUUCUGCAACUGACAAUGAUCAUGGCUGGUCAGUGAAGCAUGAUUUCUGUCUCAUUGACGGGACGUGCUACGCUUUAUGUCAGCUGGAUCCAAAGAACAGUGGCAAAGUGUGCUAUCCUAAUGCCAGCGUUCAUCAGUGGACCGCAACAGAAGGUAUAUUG